AUGACGGACGGCACGGGGCACGAAUUACGCGAAGAUCGAGGAGGACAAAUAGACAAAGAGACCCGCCGCCCCCAAGAAUCGGAAGAGAGAAAGCACGCGCACCGACUGGCGCCAACAUCCGAUUCUGAGGAUGGAGCGGAUGGUGCAUAUUUCAUCUCGACCGGAGGAUUGGAAGGUGCGCGAAGUAAUUCUCGUCCAACAUUAUCAGUCGAUGUCGCUACAAUACCAGUAUACGGCGGCGCUGAAUCGUCUGCCACCAUGGUGGUUGACCGGGCAACAGAUUCAGAGCUGGCCGGAGAGCACUCGAUAGCGUUCACCAGCAGAGAGGCUGCUGCUGCUGCUGCUGAUGAUGAUGCCGUCCGCAGAAGAAGGAGAGCUGCUCGACCGGGUGCUGAGACGACGGUCACGGACAGCUGGCACGGGGUCCUCUCUAGCCCACGCAGACGUACUGCGGCGGGCAGGGCCCUGACCUCCCGACAUUGGGCCUCCAUAGGAACAGAUCGCGGCCGCGGGAACGGCACCCACGGGGCAGCUGAAGAACUCCCUUCCCUGCGGGCCAUUGGUGAGCCCGCGGCGGCUGGCGUGGCCGCACGCGCAGGCUGGGUUGCCCGUGGCAAUGCCGAUGCUGUCGUCGAAGGUGAUGAAUUUGCGGUCGUGCCCGUCGUUACAGUAGUAAUACGGCCGGCCGCAGUGGCCGUUGGCGUUGGAGCUCUUGGUGAUGUCGUCGCGGCAAGGCUUGCCGCAGAGGUAGCAGAGUGGUCGACUUGGGAGAGGGAACGUCGGUUGCAUCUCGAAGUGAGGAAAGCUGUGGAGUUUUUGGAGUCUGGUAAUAGAUCCGCUAGCUAG